UGUUGAAGUCCUUUUACAAAAAAAAAUCAAAAGAGUUCCAUCGUCCAUGACGUCAAUAAAAUGUUCACCAUAGAGUAACUUUGAUGUUCACUCCUCAAGAAAAACAAAUCUGUCAUUCAAAAGUCGAGCAACACAACAAAUUCCGGACCAAAUGGGUAUAAAAUAAUAGUUUUAGACGAAUAAAUAGUUUUCCAAGAUGGCUCCUCCAAAGGAAGAGUUCUCGUGUGAGCUCAACAGUAACCAAUACUUCGCCCUGUGCUUCGCCGGCGGCGCAGUGUGCUGCGGCUCCACGCACACGUUCGUCACCCCGCUGGAUUUGGUCAAGUGCCGGCUUCAGGUGGACCCCGGCAAGUAUAAAUCCAUCUUCAAGGGUUUUGGCGUGUCUUAUAAAGACGGCGGCGCUGCGAACCUCGUCAGGGGUUGGGCACCCACUCUAUUCGGAUAUAGCUUCCAGGGAGCAUUUAAAUUCGGGGGAUAUGAAUACUUCAAAUACAAAUACAGUGAAUUGGCGGGGGAGGAAAACGCUUAUUUGUACAGGACCGGAGUAUAUCUAGCCGCGGCUGCGAGCGCCGAAUGGCUCGCCGAUAUCGCGCUCUGCCCUUUCGAAGCGACCAAAGUCCGCAUACAGACCACGCCCGGCUACACUUCACAAAUGCGAAAGGCUAUGCCGCAUAUGCUGUCGACUGAAGGCCUUGGAGUGUUCUAUAAAGGGAUUGUGCCGCUGUGGGGUCGGCAAAUACCAUACACAAUGAUGAAGUUCGCAUCGUUCGAGAAGACGCUGGUAUAUCUGUACGCGAAUGUGGUGCCGAAACCGAGGGAGCAGUGUACAAAGGGGGAGCAGCUUCUGGUAACGUUUGCCGCUGGCUACAUCGCUGGGGUGCUGUGCGCGAUAGUGUCCCACCCGGCAGAUACGCUGGUGUCAAAGAUGAACAAGGACCCGAGCUCGACUAUGGGUAGUAUACUGGCAGAAAUUGGAAUGCUUGGUAUCUGGCGAGGUCUGACAGCACGUAUCAUAAUGAUAGGCACCCUGACGGGGCUGCAGUGGUUCAUCUACGACGGGUACAAAGUCUACUACAAGAUGCCCCGCCCCGCACCUCCGCCCAUGCCUGAGUCGUUGAGGAAGAAGUUACAAAAAUAGCAACUCGUUCGCUUAUAGAGCGAUAUAAAUAUCGUGUUUUUCUUCUGUUCAAAUACGAAGUGAUAAAUCUUGAAUGGGGUACGCAUAUGGACAAUAUAAACAUUUUCUUUAAAUUUUGGUGUUAAUUACUGGCGACCCUCUUUUAGUUUUGUUGUUUGUCGUUUUACUGCUUUUAGUCUAUUAUGUACAGUCGCCAUCAGAAAUAUCGGAGCGGCCGAGGUGCUCAAAGAUAUCUGAAACGCACUCUAACGCGUUGAAAAUAGAGACGUGCUCAGAUAUUUGUGACUGGCGAGUGUAAUAUGUAAUAUAAUAUUGUUUGCAAAAAUAAUGGAGGAGUGUCUUUCCAAAAGGGCUUAUUUAUGGGAAGUAAUUAAAUGAUCAGCCGGUUUUAAAACUGGUCUGCAAAAAAAAACAAUUUAAUCAUUUGUACAGCAUACAAAUAAUUUUGCUAGCAAUAAAUAAAAAUGCAAUGUUUUUUUAUUUCAAUCGGGACGAGGGUUUUAAGAUCUCAUCCACAUGGAAUACAGUCAUUAGUAAAUGUAAGCGGAAACGAAUAUCGACAGUCGAUAAAUCGAAUAUCGUUAGUGUUGUGUGUCGACAGAGUAACAUCCCUAGUGCGCAAAACGUUCAAACUGAUAAACGAGACCAAGUGCGGGUAGUUCGAAAAACUCGCGCGGCUAGAAGAUGUUGAUGUCAAUUUGAGCCAGACUUCUCCGAGACCACGGGGAUAACGCCGUCCUCGAAACGUCGGAGGUAAAUCUUAAAUACGCGAUUAAGUCCCUUUGUUCAAUUUAAAAAAAUACAUGCUUACCUUGAUUUGCUGACCAAGUAUAAAUUUCCGCUGACCAAAUAUAUAUAUUAUUUUUGUUCAUCGAAAUAGGAAUAUUCUGCAAAUCGAUUGAAUGACACCCCUUAUUUUUGUAUGUUG